CCCUCAAAACUGAGAACUAAUUGAGUGCUGUACUGAUUAGUGCGCACACGCACAGUCCUUGUGUGCAAGGAACACCUAUCCCAGAUUGACAAAGAUCUACGAAGAAAGCAGUGUGUAAGAACUGAUUCACAGAUCAGAAAACAUGUUCUCGAAAAAGAGCACAUUUAAGAUCUCUUCGAGCAACAAGUUAUCCGGCGAACUUCCUGUGUUGAUUGCGCAGAUGCAGAAAAAUGGUGACCAGGUGGAAAAGGACAUUCUGGACACAGAGGAAAAACUGCGGGCGGAUAAGUCCAACUAUGAAAACAACCGGGCAUUCAAAUACGAGGCUGUGAACAAUGGUAAUUUAGCGCGAUCGGAAGGACUGCUCAAGGACCUGUUCCUGGCUGCUGCCAAGACAAAAACCCUGAAACACCCGCAGGGAAAUGAGAUUGAAGUCGACGUCAAGAGAAUGCAUGAACGUUGGGUACAGCAGUGCUCAGUAUAUCGAGAUCUCUAUGAGAAGCUGAAACUGCCAAAGGCUGAUUGGUCUGAUGUCCUGGCACAGAAGCAGCAAGAGAUCAAUAAAGGUGGCUACGGACCACAGCUGCCAGAACUGGAACAGCAGGUUGCAUCCCAUAACAUCCUGAGUAGAGAAAUCGAAGCUUAUGGGCCGCAGAUCAACGGCCAGUCCAUCCCUGAUCAGGAGGGACGCAAGACUGUUCAGAAUCAAUAUAAAAACCUGGUGGACUCCUCCAAGCUACGUGAGCACCAACUGGACGGUCUCUAUGGCUACGUGCAGGAUUGCACCAAGCAGCUCGUGUUCAUGAGUGAUCAACAGGAGAAGAUCCAGAAGCAGGACUGGAGUGACCGGCAGUUGGAGCCUGAGGAAGUACGCAAGCAAUACGAGAGUUUUAAAGAAAAUGGGCUGUUGUCUGAAGAAGAAGCUGUCAACAGAAUUCAGGAUGAUGGAGAGCGCCUGAUAAAACUGAAGCACCCAGGCAGCCCUGCAAUUGAAGCUCACAAGGAUGCAGUCAAAAAUGAAUGGCAGCAGUUUCUGAAUCUCUGCAUCUGCCAGGAGGCACACCUGAAGAAUGUGGAGGAUUACAGAAAGUUUCAGUUCGACGCAGACACUCUCAAUCAGUCCAUCAAAAAGCACAAUACAGAGCUGGACAGUAAGUUCUCCAAGUACAAGGACAAUCCUCGGACCAUGUCUGAUCUGCUUCAACAGUUUGGGGAUGAUGAGAAAAAUAUUAUCCAAAUGGACAAAGAGAUGAAUGACCUGAAGAGGCGGAGCCAGCAGGUCAUGCCACUGAAAGCUCGGCGCACUCUCGUUUCCAAACCCUUCCCAAUGGCUGCCUUGUGUGACUGGGACGAUGGAGAGAAUGAAGUCAGCCGCGGCGAGAAGCUAACACUCCAGAACAAUGAUGACCCUGAGUACUGGAUUGUGAAGAACAGUGCGAAAGAGACCAAACGUGUCCCUUCAGUCUGCUUCAACAUCCCUCCUCCUGACCCAGAGGCCAUUGCUCAAGCAAACAGAUUGGCAAAGGACUUGGAUGAUUUGAAAAGGAAGCGAUCGGACACUGAGAAUAAGUUGAAAAACCGUUACAAUGAGUUGAAGCAAACGAACCCUGCAUACCAGGGCUUCCAAGCCAAGGAGGCCAGCUUGUUGAACCAGUCAGCAGCACCAGGGAAAGAUGAUCCCCGCACCAAAGAUCUCCUGUCCAAGCUCAACAAGAUUACUGACGACCUAGGAGAGACGGAGAAGGAGGUGCUGUCCCAGCUUCACACGCCAAUCAACCGAAAUGCCCCCACUCAGGACAUUGCCAAUCGUCUUAAGGACCAGCAGAGUAUAGAUAACCGCUUGCAGAAGAUUGGUGCAGAGAAGGAUUCCGUAAAGAAAGAGUGUGAUCUGCUCCUUCUGAAUAAGCCCACGGGGCCUUCUGCAUCACAGCUUCCCAACAAGCUCAACAAUGUGAUGAAUAAGUACAAACGGGUCAACUCUCUGGCCAACCAAUUCCAGAACAAAUCAAAGUCUCAGUUAGAGCUGGAAAACAGCAUCAAGAAAGCGAAUGAUGCCAUUAAGAGAGUUGAAUCCAAUCUUGCAGAGGAGUCUGCAGUUCCUACGAGUGCAAAUGCCAUGGAGCAGAGGAAGACUGAGCUACAGAGAUUGAGACGAGAGCUAAACAACGAUGAAGAUAAGUUGCAGAAAGUGAACCAGGACCUGAAAAAGGCCGAGGAUAGCUGCAAACCUUUGGAGCUUGACUUCCAGGAAUACUGUCCUGACAUCAAGAAACAACGGACCGAGGUGCAGAAGCUAAACACCCGCUUUCGGAAUGCCAAUGAUCAACUGGACCUGAGAGAGGAAAUGCUUCAGAAUGCUGACAUAGCCCAGCAGCGUUACAAAACAUCCCUGCAGGGACAUAAUACCUGGGUGGACAAUCUUCCUAACAAUGAAGUGCGACAGAAUGCCAGCCUCAAUGAAGUCCAAACCAAGCUCGAAGCUCAGAAGAAACUGGUGAAUGAUAUCAAGAAGAAAGAGAUUGAGAAAGAUGAGAUCGUCCGUCUCUCCCAAGACCUGCAGUCGACACUGAAGAACUACGAGACUAACAAUGACAAGUACCAAUCAUCUCUGGACCCCACAUCUGGCUCAUCCAACGUGAAGAAGCUGAGAACUACGACUCUGCAAGACCACGUUAAAGAGCAGGAGAAGGACAUGGUCAAACACUUUGCUGAAGUCUCAACGUCAAACGAUCAGCUGCUGAACCAGCUGGAGUUUGUGAGAAAUGUUAAGCAAAAGCACCAAGAAAGUCCAAUAGAAGUGGUUAUGCAACAGAAUGUACAAUCAUCGCCUGGACUGUUUGCCAGCAGAGCCAACUACGAGCAACAAAACAACGAUGAAGUAAAGAAGACAAAAUUAAUCGAAGCAACUCUUGAAGAGAAAACUAAAGUGCUGAAACUCCUGAAAACAAGUCGACCUGUGGAUAAAACGGAAGAGAAAGAGGUGAUUGAAUAUUACAGAGACCCCAAGGCAGAGGCCAACCUUUCCAACUUACGCAAUGAGAUCCAUCAAGUGAGGAAACAAAGCCAGGAAACUCAGAGUAAUGUAAAUGCCACCAAGCAGAAAAUAAGUUUGCUGGAAGAUGGUCAGAAGAAUGCCAAAACUGGUCUGCUCACCAAAGAAGUGACACAAAUUGAGAGAAGCCCUGCUUUAGAUGCUGAAGCUGAAAAUCUACGUAGUGAAAUCAGUACUAUGAGAAAGGAAAAGCAAAGAACUGUUAAUGAGUGGGAUCGUCUCACAAGAGAGGUCACCAUUGUUGAGCAGAAACCAUUCAAGAUUAAAGAAAAGGUUGUUGUGGUUGAAAAAGUCAAGAUUGAAAAGGACCCAACUUUGCAGAAUGCUUCCAAAAGUCUAAUGAAUGAGAUUGAUGAUGAGGGUCAGAAAAGGGAAGUGCUGAUUGAAAAGAUACGCAUCAUUCGAAUUCAGAUUGAGUCCCUGAAGAAACAAUCUGGAAAGACUGAUCCUAAGGUCAUGAUUAAGGAAAUCAGGAAGAUAGAAAAUGAUCCUCAACUUGAAAAGGACUUAGUCAGGCUCAGAAGCCUUUGUGAGGAUGAUAACCACAAUAAUAGUUUCCUUGAGAAAGAACUAAGUGAGCUGCAGAGGAAAUACAGAAUUAUUGCUGACCAGAAACAAAAAAUAGAAAUAAAGGAAAUAGUUAAUGAGAAUUUCCGUGUCCUGCCUGAAACUGAACAAGAGAUUACAAAAUUAAAAAAAGAAAUACGAGACACUACAAAGAGACGGGGCGAUAUAGAGAUGGAAAUCACCAUUGCGAAAGGAGACUUGGAAGUCCUGAAAGAUAGGAAACCUCAAAUUCAGUAUAAAGAUAUUACCCAAGAAGUUGUGAAGCUCCGUAAAAGUCCAGAAAUGCUAAAAGAGAUUGAUCAACUCAAGCAUAAGAUCCCUCAAAUGGAAGAUGAGAAUGGUGAUAUGCAGGAGAAGAUUAAGAGGUUGAAAACUGAAAGAGAUGAAUGGCGGAAAGAACGUUCAAAGAUUGAGACCAAAGUGGUGACCAAGGAUAUUGUAAAGUAUGAGGAUGACCCAAUGCUGGAUAAAGAAGUGACACGAAUCCAAGCAAUACUCCGUGAAGAAUCGGAGAAGCGGAGGAAUAUAGAGGCAACAGUCUUUGACCUGCAGAAUAUGUACGCUCUGUUGCAGAGACAGAAGAAUGAAGAGAAAAUUGUUGUUCAGGAAAUGGUUCGUUUAGAAAAAGAUCCAAAACUUGCCAGGGAACAUGAUGGCCUGGGCAACACCUUGGAUGAAGAACGUAAGCAGAGACGCCUUCUGGAGACAGAAGUUCAGCAUCUGAAAGCUCUGGUAGAGGAAAGAGAGAAAGAAUUAAACCUUGAUGAAGAAAAGGCUACUCACCAGGUGGUCAAAAAUGAAAUGCAGAAAAUCAAAUUCACAAUACGUGGGAAAGGAAACAUUGCUCCAUCAAUAGAAGAGACUAUUGUCACUGAAGAAAUCCUCAAGGUGGAAAAAGAUCCAUAUCUGGAUAAAAUAGCUGGAACUCUACAUCAGAAUCUAAAACAAGAAAGAAAUAAAGCCACUAGUUUGGACAAAGAUAUUAAGAAACUUAAACUACAAUUGGAGAUUCUACACAAAGAAAAAUCCCAAGAGAAACUUGUCUGCAAAGAAGUUAUCCGAAUAGAAAAAGAUAAGACCUUGGAGGAGGAUCGCGCACGCACUCGGGACUUAUUCAACAAAGAGAGGAAUUUAAGGAUGGAUAUAGAAGACGAGAUAAGAAGGGUUAAAGACAAGCAUAUGAAUUUCGAAGUUUCGAAGGCAACACAAUCCCAGGAAGAAUCUAAUUUGAGAAAGGCCAGAGAUAAUGCACUCCGUGAGAAGGCAUCGUUGGAGAAUGAUCUGAGGAAGCUGGAGUCUGAAAGCGAGCAAAAGACCUUUGUCCAUAAAGAGGAGUACAAGCGCCUGAGUCAGCAUCAUGUGAAAGCAAAACAAAGGAAGCAGGAGCUGGAUGAUAAACUGUCAUGGAUAGAGAAGGAGAUCAUGAUGGCGAGAGACCAACUCCACGAGAAAGAUUACAAAAUCAGAGAGCUGUCCUCUCAGAUCAACAGGGAAGAAUCUCGUCAGCAUGACGUCCAGAUGAGGGAGACCAACCUGUCCACAAAGAUUUCUAUUGUAGAUCCAAAUACUGGAGACGAUUUGUCACCCUAUGAGGCUUACAAGUUAAAUAUAAUAGAUCGGGAACAAUACAUCAAACUCCAGGAGAUGGAAUGUGACUGGGAGGAGAUUUUCACCCAUGGGAUAUCGGGAGAAAGCUCCGUCCUUCGUGACAAGAAAAGUGGGAAGCAAUAUUCUAUUGAGGCUGCCUUGAAAGAUGGAAGAAUCACAAAGAAUGAGCUGAAGAGUUAUAGGGCAGGAAAUAUCCCAAUAUCUGAGUUUGCACUGCUGGUAGCAGAUGAAAAUAAGCCAACAGAAGUGCAUGUAAGUUCAGUAAGUUCUUUACAAUCAUAUCAAACACCAUCCUAUUCUAGCCCAAGCUAUUCAUCCUACAGAACUCACACUGAACGGGAUCAGCAACCCAUCGCUGGAGUGCAUGAUGAUACCACCAACUCAAAGCUAUCCCUCACAAAUGCUUUGUACAAGAAACUAAUAGAGCCCAUCACUGCUCAAAGGCUAUUAGAAGCACAGGCAGCCACAGGUGGAAUCAUCGAUAUCUCCAACUUGGAAAGGCACUCAGUCCAUAAAGCAAUAGAGAGGCACCUGAUUGACAAAACCCAUGAGCAAAGGCUGGUCAAUGCACAGAAGGCAUUCACUGGGUUAGAAGACCCCGUUACACAUGAACGUCUUUCUGUCGGGGUGGCCCUUCAGAAGGGCUGGCUACCUAUUGAUAGUGGCCGCCAGUAUCUGGAAGCUCAGUAUCUUACUGGUGGCCUGGUAGACCCCAAUCAUUCUGGCCGAGUAUCAAUCACGGAUGCCCUCCAGUCAAAGAUGAUAGAUAACAACACUGCCAGGGGCCUGCGUGAAGAAUCCAACUAUGUAAAGGAUCUUGUUGAUCCCAACACUAAUGAGAGAGUCCAUUACAAAGAACUAAUGAGGCGCUGCAAGAGGGAUGAGUUUUCCGGCCUCCUGUUUCUCCCGGUCAAGUCGGACCCCACUGCAAUUUCCAGCAAUCAGUCGCCAAACCGCUUCACUAACAAAUAUUCUAGCUUGUAUUAAUCACUGCCAACAGAUACCACUGAGUGUUGCUAGUAUUACCUGCAACUGAUUCACCAAACUUCCUCUUAUUAAUGUUUGAAAUUAUAUUACCUAUCUCUUUGUUUUUUUCACCAUGGGUUUAAGGCCAUUCCAUUCAUCUCUUUUUGUACUUGAAGGUUUAUAUAAAGGGAAAUUUUAAUGCUAUCAUUCUCUCUGCAACAUUUCUAUAAUAACUGUGUGGAGAAUUGUAACAUGCAUGAUAUGAAACAUUAGUUUACUCUACGCCUCAAAUAAUUCAUUGCGACAUCAAAUAAUUUCAUUAAUAAACAAGUAUAUGAAUAA